AUGAUUGUAUAUGAUGAUGUUCUUGAUGUGAGAUUCAGAGACAGACUGAAACUGGACAAACAAACAGGAUCUCUGACCAUCACAAACAUAAGAAUAGAAGAUGCUGAAUAUUAUAAACUACUGAUAACUGGAUCAAAAUCGUCUCUAAAAACUUUCUGUGUUUCUGUCUAUGUCCUAAUAAAAACACAACAGACUGGAUCUCUGACCAUCACAAACACCACAAUCACAGACUCUGGACUUUAUGAAGCUGAGAUCAACCGCAGCAGCUCAGAGGAUAAAUACAGAUUCAAUGUUACUGUCUAUGCCGCUACAACACUGGACCCACAGACUCCUUCACUUUCUCCUUCAACUCCUCCAUCACAGUCUCCAUCACCUUCUAUUUUACAUCGUCUUCGUUCCCAUUCUCCAGUCUCAGUAUUUCUGAUACUAGUGCUGAUCUCUGCUGCUACUGGAUCUCUGAUCAUUGUGGCUGUGAUUGUGAUGUUUUGUAUCUGCAGGAAACACAGAGACGCAGUUUGUGAAGACGAGACUCAAGCUGCUGAAAAACUCUACAAACACACUGGACUAAUGACAGAAUCUGAACUGACGGAGGUGAUUUACACAGGUUUCACCACAGAACAAUGAUCAAACUAUCUGUGAUUCUGUUUAUUCACAAACUAUGAACUGAUG